UUAGACUUUAGUUAACUGGUCUAGGUUUGGAGAACUACAUGGUGGUGUGUUCUGUAAAUUAAGAUGUUUUUCACAUUAGCGAAACGUAAGGGUUGUUGAGGCUUUGUUCCUAUAGCAUAAUAACUAGGUGAUAGAAUUCUCACCCAUGUAUUUAAUACUUUUAAAAGUCUAAUGUUGAAACUUUUUUCUUGUUGGCUAUUAUUUAAGUGCAGAUUUUUCUUGCAAUUUCUAAGGUGGUGGUGACUUGUUUGUGUGUUUUUAAUGUGCUUUUGGCUGGUUUUGUUUUGUUUUACUGUUCUUAAGUUUCCUUGGAUGACAUGGAAGAAUGAAUGAUAGAAAGAAUGUUGGUUUUCUCUGUUCUUUUUUUAAUGUGCGUUGUUGUCAGCUUACCAGUUUGACAGUUUUAACACACUUUGUGUUUUGCCGUGAGCUGCUUUGAUCCCCUGGUUUAAAAGCACUGUUUAGAAAAUGCAUAUUUUAAAAAACAAACUGUUUAUGUUUUUUCUUUUGUUGAAGUUCUUCCUCCCACCACAUGCUGCAUUUUUAUACAAACAGUAACUUUCUUUGAUUUAUAGGAGUAUGUAAUCGAGAAAGAGAGUGUACUGGCUUGAACUUUAGAUGAGGUUUUAUUAUGAGAGAGUAUAGGUGCUUAAAACAGCAAACAAUUGCAAUGGUUAGUCAUCUUGCAUCUGUAAGCACUCCAAACAGAAUGCUCAAAAUCUUGAGAAUUAUUUCAUUAAUCUCAUAUAGUGCUUCUGCAAAUGAAGGAGACUGGGCAUUGCUCAGUUUCAGUGGAGACUCUGUUUACCCCAGUGAACGGAGCAUGAACCUAUGUUUUGUGGUAGACAUCUUAUUAGGGCAUGAUUGAUUGACUGAUUGAUUGAUUAAGUGCUGUCAAGUCUUAGUGACCACAUAGAGUCACAUAAUGACCAUAUUGAGUUGACAUUGACUUGAUGGCACUCCAAUCAAUCAAUCAAUCAAUCAAUCAGUAAUGCCCUAAUAAGAUGUCUACAACAAAAUGCCGGGCAUUAUUACUUGGCAUUUAAAGCAGCUUUUUAAGAGUUGACAGUCCCUGGUUCCCUAUGGUGAAUGGGGUGGCGGGGGGAGUCUCCUGAUGACCAGGAAGUGAUCGUCUUAUGUUAUGGUUGCUGCAUCUACGCUCUUCUGAUUUUCAGUGCCAUAUCCAAGGACUAUAAUGGGCCCCCAUGGAAUCAAUCGAGCUAUACACCGCAUAGCAUUUUCAGACUGCCAAAAUGGAUUAGGCAUUAAAGUCAUUGGAGGCUAUCGGGAGGAAUCUGAAGAGGACUAUGGAAUUUUCAUAAAGAGGAUAUUACCUGGGGGGAUGGCUGCAGUAGAUAGUCGAUUGCUUAUUGGAGACUUGAUUUUAGAAGUCAAUGGCGAAAACUUAGUUGGUGUAACUAAUGAAAGAGCUCUUGACAUUUUGAGAACUGCAUCGGCAAGCAAUCACGUGUCUUUGCUCAUUGCCAGAGAUGAUGAAGCAAAGAAAGAUUUUCUGGACCUGCUGGAGAAGUACAGCUCACAGAGUAAUGCAAGCUCAGCAAGGAAUUCCCCGACCCAACUGCAGGCUGGAAAAUCUGCUGACAGCCUUUCUUCAGGUUCAUCUUCAAGGCCACCAAGCCCUCAGCUGUUGCAUCAAAGAGACAUGAACACAAACUACCAUGGACAGCCUGCUAUGACUAUUUCCCUUCAAAGCUCCACAAAUGACAGCACAUUUCAGAUUAUUACUGUUUCCAAGGGAACCGGCCUUGGCUUGAACAUUGUAGGAGGCAUUAACAGAAAUGAAGGGCCCUUGGUGUAUGUUCUGGAAGCUAUUCCUGGAGGUGAUUGUCACAAGGAUGGGCGACUGAGAUCUGGUGAUCAGCUUGUAUCCAUUAACAAGGAGUCAUUGAUUGGAAUCACCUAUGAAGAGGCAAGAAGCCUAAUCAACAGAACGAAGCUGAGAUCAAACUCUUCUUGGGAGAUAGCUUUCAUUCGGCACAAAACUGCUCCCAGUCAGUUUGAAAAUACACAGGCCUCCUCUAGUCUGCUAACGUCAGGUGGAUGUGGACUGCAACAUGCACCAUCGACGCUUUGUACAACUUGGUCUCCUAACGAGAUCGUUGCUUCAAAGAUGUCUGGUCUGAAUGUGAUGCCACAGAAACCAGAAGAUAAGCAGCAAGCAAUGUACAGGAGGAGGGAAUUCCACAGUACAGAGACAAAAGUUGGAUUCAAGAAGAGAGAACAAUCUUCAGCAAACAACAGUACCGCUGAUGUAGCUGCUGGUGCUGUUGGCCCCACCUGGAGUGAUGAUUAUGAACAACAAAGGAGGAAGAUUUCCCUAAACCCCACAGUUCGUCUCAAAGCAGAUAAACUAGAGAUGGCACUGAAUUAUCUUGGGAUUCAACCUACAAAAGAACAGCAAGAAAUCCUAAGGCAGCAGCUACCAAAGGAUUCUAAAGGAACAGUGUCUUUUGGAGAUUUUGUUCAGAUGGCAAGAAAACUAUUCUGUUUGCAGUUGGAUGGGACAGGCAGUGACCAUGGACCUGCAAUGUUUAGUAACCGGGAAAUUGCCAGAUUAUUAGAUUCACAGUUUGUAUCCUGUGAUCCUUUGGAAAUAGAUGAGAUGGAGGGACUUAGGAAAGAGAGAAAUGAAGCUUUAAAAGAAAUAUGUAAACUGAAGGAAGAACUGGCUGGAUCUGAACGCAUGAGAAAACAACUAGCUGAAGAACUGCAAACUACCAAGCAAGAAGCCAAGGCCUCUGUGGAGGAGACAAGAACACUGCGAAGCAGAAUCCAUCUUGCUGAAGCUGCACAAAAGCAAGCCCAUGGAAUGGAAAUGGACUAUGAGGAAGUAAUCCGCCUUUUAGAGGUGGAAAUCGCCGAGCUAAAGGCUCAGCUUGCGGAUCAUUGUGGCCAAAAUAAAGACAGCAUCCAAGAUUUAAGGAAGAGGAUAACUGUGCUCGAUUGCCAGCUGAGAAAAUCUGAAACGGCUAAGAAAGCAUUUGAAGUGACAACAGAAAAGUUACUGCAGUUUGUCGAGAUUCUGCCAGAACUGCUAUCAGACAGUUCCACUUCCAUGACCAAUUUAAGUGACAGAAAGGCUACGUUCUCUUCUAAAACACUCCUUGCACGCCUGGGGAGGAAUGGCCGCACUUUCCCAGCAUCCCUUGCUACUGAAGCCAAAGAACUGGCUAAAUCUGUCCGGGCCAUUCUGGAAGCAGACUGUCUGCCUUAUGGAUGGGAAGAGGCUUUUACAGCAGAUGGAAUCAAAUACUUCAUCAACCACGUGACACAGACAACAUCCUGGAUCCAUCCUGUCACCAAUGUUCUCGCCUUGUCGUGCUCCGAAGAGAAUGAGGAUGAUGCCUUCAAAGAGCUCGCAGAUCCCAAAAGCUGAGGAUGUCCACGGGUGGAAAAUAGAUGCAGUUUUGUUUCAACCUGCUUGUCAGAAGAUGACCCAUUUCCAGUAGUCUAGUUGAGCUAGUUCAGGUGAUCUGAAGCUUUGCAAUAGUUUGCAUGGGUUCACGGACUAAGCAACCUUCUUCAGACUGACUGUAUCAGUAGCCUUUCUCUGGCAGCUGGAUGAACCUAGCCUCUUAGUCCAAGUGCUUGGGCAGUGUUUUGUUGCAGCUCCUCAGCUGUUCCUUCUAAUGCCACACUGGGAGGCAGCAAGACAAGGCCACCCACAAACAAAGCCAUAGUUUCAUAGAUGCAGAUAUACAUUCAUUUGUAAAUUAACAUUUUAAAAGGACCCCUCCCCAACACACACACACACACACACACACACAAGCCCAAGGAGGAUCGAGCAUGCUCAUUGGUCAGCAAGAGCCACAUAUCUGAUCACAGAUGCCAGUGUCUCAUCGAGCUUGGUGCUUAUAGCUAGGACACACAAUUAUCCUACAGACAUUUGCCCCAAUCCAGUGAGAGAUCCACAUACAUUGCUGAUUCAGAUGGAGGUCUACAUUUGGAUACCCGUCCCCUUCUGCACUGCAACGUUCAUCUCAACUGGGGCUGUGCACAGACUGGUUGCAACAGUUUGGUCCAAAGUCCCCAAACCAGUUCACUCAAACCCACCAGCUGUGCCAGUCGGGUCACUGAACCAGCUCGAACUGGUUGGAAGCGGUUUGUGAUUGUACCACUCAAACCAGCCGGGUUCGCAGUUGAACUGGUCUGUGCACACCCCUAAUCUCAACCAUUCUCAUCUCAUCUGAAUGAGUGCAUCUUUUGAAUCCAGGACCCCCAAUUGCUUUGCACAAGUAGUUGCUUGUGGUGACAGCUGGAUCAAGACCAUUUUUCAGCCUGUGGUAAACAUGUGAUUCUACUCAUUUUUACGUGAGUUGCAAUUUUAUAUGAUGACGUGCAGCAUUUCAGGCUCUGUUAUAGCAGAUGAGUUAGCCAUGAGUUGCCUCAAGCACACAAAAAAUGUCCUGGGCAGGGCCGGAUUAAGCUAGUGCGGGGCCUGUAGCAUAUGUUAUGAAGGGGCCCCAAAUUUAAAAAAUGCACAUAAAUAUAGAAACAUAAAUUAUUUACUUGCAUAGUAAAGUAAUUCAAUUUUUUUUUCAUUUGCUAUACAGCCAGAUAAUACAACAAAUGUCUGACACUUCAGUAAUAACUAUUACUUACAUGUAGGUAUCAAUUUCAAAUGUCAAAAGUAAGAAAACUACAAUUUAAAUGUUAAAUUUUCUAAAUUUAGCAUGAGCAAAGCAGUGGAGGGUAGACACGGUCUCUCAGAGAAGCACCCACACCACCACGGAGCAGCUAUUGGGCAACUUAAGUUUCUUUCCGUGUUUAUAAGAAUGAUGAAUACGUUUGGGAGCGAGAGAUGGGGAAACGACUAAUAUAUAAGUGGCAAGCACUCUGCAUUUCUGCCCUUGAUCUUGCCUAGUGCCCCGGCCCCUCCACCAACCGCCCAUGCCCCCACUCAGCCAACAAACUUUGCAAAACAUGCAUCCUCUCCCUUUUGUGUGCAACCUGCAGUACAGAGACAGUCAUGGCAGGAGCUGGAAGGCUGAGAGCCUGAGCCCACUUCUCAUUCAGCACACUCUUUCCCCGGCCCCACUCCACACACAUACCUGACCCGCCUGACGCAGCCCCAGUUCUUUGGAUUCGACAGCGGUGGCGUGGUGGAUAGUGGGUUCAGCAACAGCACAUCCUGCGGGAAUGGCGGUGGUGGGUACACACACACGUGAGCAUAAAGAGUGGUGCUGGUCACUGGUGGUCACAGGUGUUGCACGUGAGAGAGCGAGAGAAGCUGAAGCACGCACACCCACGGAGCAGCUAUGAGUGUGAUCACAAAUAAGCGUACAGUGCGUGCGUCGCUGAAUAUAGGGGGGAGGAGCGAUUGUGCCAGUGCCGUGUGCAGGCAGUGUCUCAGGCAUGAGGACGGAGGGAGCGCGCGCGCCGGGGCUGCCUGCACCUAUCAGCCCCAGCCACUAGAAGCACAUGGGCGAAGAGGGAAGGCAAGGCAGGCAGCCAGCUAAUAGAAUCACUCGGCCAACUUGGGAGGGACUGGGACUGGACUGGAGACAAGAAUGGGGGCAGGGGGCAGCGGUAGCACAGCAGCAACCAGGCAAUGAGGAGAGUCAGCACGCCGCCAGCACCAAACACAGAGGGGCAGACCAACGUUCAAGCCAGGCAUGUGUGAGUGUGUCGCAGGCAAGCAUGACUGAGGAGGGGAGGGAGCGCAUGCACGCGCCGGGAAGGCUGCCUGCACACAGCCCCAGCAGCCCUGAGAAGUGAGUGACGUGUGUGCAAACAAGGAGGCUCAGGCAGCCAAUUAGAAUCAGAGAUCAGAUGGUGGCGGAUGCUCGCUCGAGGCCAACUCAGGAGGGACUCUCCUCACCGCCUGCUGCUGCCGAUUCUCAUCUCCGGUCCCAACAGGAGAUGAGAAUGGGCGGCAGCAGCAGCAGGCAAUGAGGAGAGUCAGCACGAACAGUCGAGCACCAAUAGAGAACGGAAAGAAGGGGCAGGCAGACGAGAAGUUCAAGCCAGGCGUGCGGGGCCCUUGAAAAUGCGGGGCCCGUAGCAAAUGCUACAUUUGCUACUAUGUUAAUCCGGCCCUGGUCCUGGGUACAAGGAACUUUGGGGACUGAAUUGUGUAAGGUAAAUGAGGAUGUUUAACAAACUGAAUUUGUUAAACACACAUAGCUCCCAAACCUGGGUAGAACACAGUUUUCUAUUGUGUGAAUGACCUUUCUGUCUUUUAUCAGAUUUUUAGUUUUGUAGCCUUUCAAACCAACAUAUAAAUUGUCUAAUUAGGUCAAUACAUUUAUUCUACUAAUGGCUAUGGUUACAAUCUUCAGCCCCAUCUGAUAGCAUUUCAGCAACUUGGAGAUGUUUCUUGUUUGCCUGCUAAUUAAUGGCUUCUCAGAAAUAGGUCACCACGUCCACUGUGCUGCUUCUUUAUCACAGCAUCACCUUGCUAGACUGUUAAGCUGCCAUUGGUUGCAUUUCUUACUGCCACAUCCUGAUGCCUAGCGGAUGGAGAUAUAUAUAUUUAAAAAGCAAACUAUGCUCUGUUUAAAAACACAAGAUGGUUCCUGUACCUAGUUUUCCUUUCUUGAUUAAUUCAUAAAAAGAUGAUUACACAGAUAAUUGCAAACACAAAAUAUGAUUUCAAGAUAGAAUACCACAGCAGUUUGUAGUUUGUAACAAGUGCAAGACAGCAAUGUUUUUUUUAAAAACUUUAUAGGAAAAUAAACUGCCCUAACAGCUAA